AUGUCGACCGAUAUCAUUGACCUGGCUCAGUAUGGUAACGUGAGGGGUCGUGACGUGUUCUCUCGCAAUCUUUUUCAGUCCGUGAAGGGUGACGGGUUGACAGCAGCCUCACUGACCCAGAGCUUUUACGGCAUCCCGUCGGCCAGCGACACCGAAUCCUCUCUCGCAACGGUAAAGGUGAGCGAGGGUGUCGCCGACGACACCAUCGGAACAUACACCGUUUGUGUGAACGACGGGACGGCCCUUACCGACAUCCUCGAAUUGAGCAAUGCUUCCUCCAAAAUUACGUCUUCCGCCAUCACUCUCGACACUCCCCUCGUACAAACCGACGGCACAAUCGAGGCCCCCAAAGUUGUGCAGCAUGCCGACGCCAAAAGCGCAGAAGUUGAGAUUGUAGGUGGAGACGGCGCGACGCCUUUGAUCAACUUUAACAUCGGCGACACGGCUGCUGGUGUACCUACGGUAUUGUCCGUGUCCGAGACUAGCGCGGACGUGACCGGAGUUUUGAACGUCAAUGGAACGGAUAUCCUGCAAACCAUCACCAACGGAAACGCAUGGGAAAUCGACGGGACGACCGUCCAAUUGAAAUCCGAAUAUCCCCUUGUCAAUGUCAACGCUCUCAACGCCUACACGACUUCCGUGGCCCUGGACGUGAACGGAUCCAUCGUCAACCGAGGAAACGACUUCUUCAUGUACGACUCGACGGGGCUCGCAAACCUCAGCACCGUGUCUUUCGACAACGCAUCAAACUCCUUGGCCCUCCGAACAUCUCUGGCGGACCAGGGUGGUGUCUCGGACUCCAUGGUGUUUCAGACGACAAGUGGUGUCAACAACACCUACCUCGACCGUCUCAAGUUCGAGGGUGGCCUCGGAGACCAGAGCGCAACCUUCAGCAACGUCAACGUUGGCAUCGGUGCAGCUCCUUCUGGGACGCACCGCUUCGAGGUCUCGGGAACGUCUCUCUUGACCGGUGAUGCCACCGUGGUGGGCAACGUCGACGUUUCCGGAAACGAUUUGGUGAACGUGUCGGACAUCACCUCGAGCAACGCUCUGGCCGAGCAGGCCACCAUCGCUCUCACGUCAAGCGCGACUGACCCACAGAUCGACUUUGUCCUCGGAGACCUGGCCGGAACACCGACGACGGCCAUGACGAUCACGGAGUCCGCCGCUACCGUCAACGUCGCGACGACCGUGACGGACAACCUGACGGUCACCGGAGACUUCACCGUCAACGGAACCACGACCACCGUCAAUACCACCGAGGUACGCGUCGAGGACAAGGAGAUCGACCUCGCCUACAACGCCACGACGCACACCGAGCUCGACCAGGGUGGCUUUACGCUCGGUACAGACGUCACCGGCAUCGUCGUGCCGUCGGUGCUGUACAACCUGGCAGACACUCGCUGGGACUCUUCCAUCACGAUGAAUGUGCCAUCGACGAACAAGUUCACCGUAGGUGGGAACGUCACCGAACUGAGCUCAACCGGUCUCGAUGUCAACAGCGAUGACGGUGUCAUCCACCUUGGCGCCACGAAGCAGUGGCGAAUCCGGAUGGAAAACGACGGCACGAACGACCACCUGUACUUUGAGCACGACGAUGAUGGAACUCAGACCACAUGGCAGACAAAGAUGGAUAUCAUGCAGUAG